UGAACUUGAUGUGCUAAAACAAACAGUCUUGAGAAAUAUUUCAAACUUUUCGAGGCUCACUCUUUGAAAAUGGUGAAGAUAGCAAUUGGUAGUCUUGGUGAUUCAUUCAGUGUGGGAUCACUCAAGUGUUACUUGGCUGAGUUCAUUGCCACCCUUCUCUUUGUCUUUGCUGGAGUUGGUUCAGCCCUUGCUUUCAGUAGUCUUACAAAUGACGGAGCUUUGGACCCACCUGGACUAGUAGCUAUAGCAAUAGCUCAUGCAUUUGCCUUGUUUGUGGGAGUGUCCAUGGCAGCUAACAUCUCAGGUGGUCAUUUGAAUCCAGCUGUCACUUUUGGAUUGGCUGUGGGAGGCCACAUCACUGUCAUAACUGGAUUUCUGUAUUGGAUUGCGCAAUUGCUUGGUGCUGCUGCUGCUUCCUACCUCCUCAUUUAUGUCACUGGUGGCAAGGCUGUUCCAAUUCAUGGAGUUGGGGCAGGGAUUAAUGCAUUUCAAGGUGUGGUGUUUGAGAUCAUCAUCACCUUUGCUUUAGUCUACACUGUAUACGCCACGGCUGCAGACCCCAAGAAGGGCUCACUGGGAACCAUUGCACCCAUAGCAAUUGGCUUCAUUGUUGGAGCCAAUAUCUUGGCUGCAGGUCCAUUCAGCGGUGGCUCGAUGAAUCCUGCCCGUUCUUUCGGACCCGCUGUGGCUAGUGGAGACUUCUCAGGUCACUGGAUCUAUUGGGUUGGCCCUCUCAUCGGUGGAGGUCUUGCCGGGUUCGUAUAUGGUGAUAUUUUCAUUGAAUCAUACGGUGCAGUCGCAGCCUCUGAUGACUAUGCUUGAGAAAUUCUGUUUCCUGGAACGUAUAUAGUUUGUUCUGCUCUUGUUAUUGGUUCAGCUUCUUGUGAUGUUUCUGAGAUAUUGUGUGAUGUGCUGUUGUACUUUCAACUUGUGAAUAAGAAACAUUGAUAAUUCAUUGUCUUCGGAACAGAUUGUUAUAAACUGAAUUUAUGAAUAAAAAUUCAUUCGGUUUUUAAUACUA